CGGUUUGGCCUCAAAGCAUAUGGCCCUACAUUAUUAACAUCUUGCAUGCUCACAUGCCUACUUAUAGUACGAGUUAUCAAUGAGGCAAGAGGCUGUAAGAGCUAAUUCUGAUCAAUUCAAACCCUAAUGAUCUUCUUCUUUCCAAUUCUUCAUCUCCCUGAUCUUGUUUUGAUAACUGCAUCAAACCCUUUUCAGGUUUAGUUUCUUUCGUAUAGGUAUUAUAGGGGGACCCUCUGGCUUCUUCGAGUCCAAGUACUUGUCUCAAGGAAGUAGCUCUUUUAUAUUUUCCCAGGCUCUGCACUUGAAUCUUCUGCUACAAAAUUUUGUAGCGUUGGUUCUUUCUUCUUUUCUUUUUGCACUUUUGUGGUUUCUUUCUAAGUUUUUCGACCACUUUUGAAACUCUUGUGUGGUCAUCUACUCUUCUUGUUGGUUUUGUCCUGCAGAAGUAUUUUCUUUAGUGAUAGAGCUAUGGCUAUUUUUACCUUAACCUCAGCUUGCAAUACCAGUCUUUCGCAAACUUUGUCAUCCGGAAACAACAACGGGAAUCUCCGUGACGCCUCGUUUUCUUCAUAUCUGAACGGUGUAGAGGAAACAUUUGUUCGUAAACUUACCGUGUCAAGUGGAAAUCUGGGGCCUAUCAUGACCACUGAAGAUCAGAAAACUCACGUUGGAAGAACAAAGGAGGAUGAGGAAGAAAUUGGAGUAUUUGGUGCCGAGAAGUACUUCAAAGGAGGAAUGGAUGAGGAUACCCCAAUAACUACCAGCAUGAGUGCAAGGAAGUACCAAUACAAGAACGAUGAACAUGUUAAUCUAGACACCAAGAAGUGCAGAGUUCAGCCUGGAACUCCGAGUGUUCAGUCUGAAUCAAGUUGGAACAGCCAAAGCGCGUUCCUGCAGAGUGGUGUAAGAAAUCCUUCAAGGGCUAACACGAACAAGGCACGUGGAAAGAAGAUUCUUGCAGGUCUUGGCUGCUCUACAUGUUCUGAUAAAGAUUCUGUCGAAAUUAAAGAACGUGUUGGAGAAAUCAGCUUCAACAAAAGUGCUACCUCUGAUGCAGUCCAAGGCAAAGUACUAAGCAAAAAAGAGCCCAGGAAAACUGGCCUAGACCUUGUUGAAGCAGCUCGAGCACAAAAAUCUCUCCUGGACUAUAAGGUCAAAGAAGAUAUUCAUUGCCCGAAAUUGGAUAAGUUGGGAGCUGGAUCGAGCAGAGAAAACUGUUUUAGCUUCCCAACUUCAAAUUCCGGGGCGAGAACUCUACCUACAAAGUUGCAAUUUCCACAAGCAGAAGAAGAAAAGCAGCGAAAGUCAAUAGACGUGUUUGGUUCCCCCGUAAUGGGAAAGAGAAACAAGUCAUUACGCAUUGAAAGGAGGCUAACAAUGUUGUCUUGGGAUGCCACUCCAAGAAUGGAAGAAAUCGAAUUUCCUGCACGAUCGGGUGGAACCUUGUACAAUGAUAGCGAGAGUGAUGCAAGUUCAGACUUGUUUGAGCUAGAAAGCAUCACAGGAAAAGCCAACCCAUUUCUUGCAAGACAACCUUCAGAUGCCACGUCGGGCUGUGUCACCCCUACAAACUGUUAUGCACCAAGCGAGGCAAGCAUAGAGUGGAGUGUAGUCACAGCCAGUGCUGCAGAUUUCUCGGCGAUGUCAGAUUGUGAAGAGCUGAGGUCAACGACCAUGAAAAGUCCAAGAAAACCGAUUUCAACAGUUCCUAAUGCCAAAACUAAUGCUAACAAAGAGAUACAGCGCCGCCGUUCAGGUAUCUUGUCUGGUUGCAAGAGUCACAAAGCUGUGAGAGUUGCUGGAGAUGUCUACAGGACAAAUCAUGAAAAUGCAGAUCAUGUUUACCCACAAAUAAGUGGCAGGUCAGAUUCCUUCAUUCCUGUGACAAGGUUUCAAGCUGAGAGUAAGUCGAACAGUUUUAAUUCCAACUCCUAGUCAGGGCAACCUGCCUUUGCGGCACACUCACUCCCCCGGUCACAGUCGCCUCGCGCUUCACAUCCUUCGUAGAUUCAGUGAUCUAGUUCUUCUGUUUUUUCACAAGUAUGCUUUAAUUAUAUGUUUUGUACUGUGCACGAAUCUCGUACCAUUAGUGAUAAAUUCUGUGGUGUGUGUAGAGGUUUAUGGAGUAAACCUUUUUUUUUUUCUUUUCUUUUUUGGUUUUAUUAUCUUUGUGGAUCUAAACGUAAGGAUUGCAACAAUCUACUCUCAUGCCUUUGUCGAUAUUUUGAGUGCGGGCCAUCAGUAGGAAACAUGAGAAAAGAUCCGGGACUCUUCACUACUUCCAUCGAGUUCCCGGCUGAAACGGUGCUUUCAACUCCGAUAAAAGUGACCGACACAAAAUACAUAAAUGAAUAAAAAAGCACUUUCAGUCA